GCGGAGUAUUCCUCGCCCUCCAAAUCAAACCUAACUCAUUAGAGAGGGUCGGUCGAAAAACUUUGUCGUACAAUCAGAACUGUGUGUCUGUGCUCGUGGUGAAUAUGUAUUCUUGAUUUCCACAGUCCCUGCAGAAAGUAGCCCUACUUUAGAUCUUCUUGUUUCUUCACAGCAUAAAGUCAAAGUAGUACGACUUGUAGUUCUUCCUGAUCCUGGCUCAUCUCCAGUAAUUUUUCGACUCAGUUGUAGUUGUUACUGCUAUAAGAAAUCUGAAUCAUGCCGGAAAAUUACGCGAUGCCGGCUCAGCCUUUCGGCAAGAAUCAGAGCCCAGAAAUGAGACUCAUGAAGAAGCUUCAGCACUGUGCCGAUGCUCGAUUAUGGCUAGUUUAUCACUAUUCCUAUCCCAUGACCCAUGUGGAGUAUGGUGCUGAGUGAUGUCCCGCUUGAUUCAAAGGCGGAAAAAGGGGAACUCACUCAACCAGGUAUGAUAGGGAAAAACUCCCUUUAACUCGAUCGGAGUCCACAGCAAUCAUCGCUUCUCGAUUUGCUGAACGAGAGCAGACCAAAUUGUCGAUACAAAAAAACGAGGACGUACACACACACACACACAGUCAGAUGACAAUUUCUAUUUCUCUACUUUCAUCUGUUUCACAAUGACAAUUCAAGUCAAGAAAGAAUAAUGAACUAGCACGAAAAAGAACAAUGAAAACAUCACGAUCUUCGAUGAUUCUCAUUUAUGGACUAAAAUGCAGGUUUUCCGUGAGGCCCUCGGGUACAGUCGAAGGCACAACGAAGACAGAUGGCGAGUGAAACUGAGCAACAGUCCUUAUCUGGAUGACCUCGCAAUGGGCUAUCUGGUGAACAAAGAGGAUGUAACAAUCCGAUCAAGACUCGAAGAUCGAAAGCGCGAGGGUCUCAAGGCAAGGCGUGAUGACGCUGACGCACAGAUCUUCAAGCGCGUGUACGCGCACGAUUUAGAUUUAUGCUCAGACAACGUCGUGAUGUUUGUUAGCCAUUAUAUAUAAGUAAAUGGUGUCUGUUGAGUCACAGUGAUACCAGUUUGCCACCCUUGUUGUUCCUGAGCAAAUUGAUCACUUUUCUUUGUGUUUGUAUCUUGUGAUCACAAGGAAAACGGAAAAGUUCAGAGUACGUAUUAAGGGUAGGUUAAAGGUGUUCCUGUUACCGUUUGUUGUGGCUCUCCUAAGGCCGACAGGUAUAACAAACGGGAUACAGAAACACCAAAACACUACCUCUAAGUACUUAGUACAGCAUCCAUAAGCCUUUUCCCAAACUUGCCUCACUAUUCCCAUCGUCAUCUUUCAUUCCCCGAGGAGAUGAAGGCCCUGCGUGCCGAGAAGCGAGAACUAGUGUGGAAAGAACGCGAGUUGCAAUCGUGUCGGGAUGCUGAGAAAUCUGACGCAAAGAUUGCGAGAAUUCGCAUGAACAAACGCAGGCAAGACUUCGAACGACAGACCGCAAUCGCGCUACGAAAUGAAACAACUUCCUUCGGUCCACCCGCGGCCACUUCUAGAGGGAUGAGUUAUGAUUCAAAGCACUUGAUGAUUUUUUUCGAAGCGGUUUACAUGAUAAUUUUGUAGCGCUAGAAGUUUUGUUUCCAUUUGCGUCAAAUCGUGUGUCUGCGUGGUCGACGGUGAGCUCCGUGGAUGUGACGCUCAUGGUCACGACGUAGAAUCUUCUUUGGCUUUCCUAGUUCUAGGUGAUACUUAGUUCUUCUAAGAAUCAACGUUCGGAUCGGCUUCGCAGUUGCUUGAACUGAGUGGAAGUGGUGGACUGGGAAAAAAUAGGCAGAAGGCGGUAGCGAGAGAGCUGAUAGAGCGAAAUAGCGUGCGAAUCCGCAAAAUGCUAAAUGCCCGACUUGAAGAAGAGGCAGCUGCUCUCGACCUGGAGAAAGACCGAGCGGGGUCGGCGGGAGGUAGCGGUGAUGGCAGUGUGGAAUAAUUUGCAUAGAAGAUCAUAAAAGCGACUGUCGGCUAGUAACACAGGAAAAAAUAGCUACUCAACCUCACAAAUGAACCAACUUGUACCCACUCAAUGCGAAAAACCUGACUAUGCUGAAACAAAACUCUGCAUGAUACGAACUCUUACCUGCGCUUGUUGAUUUGUCCUAAGUAUCCAAGCUGAACUCAAAAAAUGAAAGUCGAUGCAUGAAAUCGGUAGGCGCAGUGGUUUUUGACAGUUUUUCUAAUCUGCGAACGAGUAUAGGUACGCUCGUCAAACCAAGGCUAUCGACAUUCAAAACAAUAAACGUCAAAGAGGUAAAUGCUUUACCUAUCUUGAUACUGGAAUUAAUCAUUAUUCAACCAGCAACAUAUACCAAAAUCUAUUUUUUCGAAUUAUCAUUCAGACCUAUCAGUGUUAUUUUUUAUGAUCAUUGACAUAUUUUUGGUUAAGAAUUGAUUAUUCUUGUUCAGAAAAUGGUAAUGGUCAACAUCAGAUACAGACUCGGAAAAGAACGACAUCCUUCACCUGUAGAUGACGUACCGUUGAUUCCAGCUUCGUGCCAUCAAAGUUUUGGGUCUCGUUGAAGAGACAUCAGCUAAAGCAGAAGAU